UCAAUGUCCACCGCCCAAAAGUCAGAUCACAAAACCAAGACUUAUUAAAGAGGAGAAAAUCACUACUACUUCUGUAACGUUCUCAAGUAGAAAACCAAGAGGAAACAAACUUGUUCCAACAAUCUUCUUCUUCUUGAGUUUAAUUUUGCUAUUAGAGGAGAUGGAGAUGGAAUUUAAGGAGUUAAAGGAAGCAAUAGAUCAAGUAGAGCUAGUUGAUGCUCACGCUCACAACAUUGUCUCUCUCGACUCGUCUUUCCCCUUCAUCGGAACUUUCUCCGAGGCCACCGGAGACGCUUUAUCUUUCGCUCCACACUCUCUAUCCUUCAAGAGGAAUCUGAAGGAGAUUGCUCAACUCUAUGGCACUGAAGUAUCUCUGGAAGCUAUUGAGAAACAUCGCCAAGCCUCUGGUUUGCAUUCUUUCACUUCCAAGUGUUUCAAAGAAGCUGGAAUCUCUGCUCUUCUCAUCGAUGAUGGCUUGAAGCUUGACAAGAAGCAUGACAUCGAAUGGCACAGAGACUUUGUUCCAUUUGUUGGUCGGGUGUUGCGAGUCGAAACUCUUGCUGAGCAAAUCCUCGACGAGGAGAUCAGUUCUUCUUGGACUCUUGACUCUUUCACCAAAGCCUUUGUUGCAAGAUUGAACUCGCUUGUUCUAGAGAUUGUUGCUUUGAAAACUGUUGCUGCUUACCGUAGCGGUUUGGAUAUUGAUACUCAUGUGACCAAAGAAGCUGCUGAGAAUGGCCUUGUUGAAGUCUUGCAAGCUGGAAAGCCUGUCCGUAUUGGAAACAAAAGCUUGAUUGAUUACAUUCUUACUCUUACUUUGGAGGUCGCUGAACGUCACGACUUGCCUUUGCAGAUUCACACAGGUUUUGGUGACAGGGAUUUGGAUUUGCGGUUGGCAAAUCCCCUUCACCUUAGAACCCUCCUUGAGGACAAAAGAUUCGCAAAGUCACGUAUAGUUCUUCUUCAUGCAUCUUAUCCUUUCUCAAAAGAGGCAUCAUAUUUGUCUUCAGUCUAUCCUCAGGUUUACCUUGAUUUCGGGUUGGCGGUUCCAAAGCUUAGUGUCCAUGGUAUGGUGUCUUCAGUUAAGGAGCUUCUUGACCUAGCCCCAACAAAGAAGGUGAUGUUCAGUACUGAUGGAUAUGCAUCUCCUGAGACCUACUAUUUAGGUGCAAAGAAAGCACGAGAGGUCAUCUACUUAGUUCUGCGUGAUGCAUGUGCCAGUGGUGAUCUCUCACUCAUGGAAGCUAUUGAUGCAGCUAAAGACAUUUUCUCACGGAAUUCAAUUGCAUUUUAUAAGCUUAAUCUAGACGUUAACUCCUUUAGUCCCCAAAGAAGAAUCUCGCUUGCACCACAGAUGAAGGAGCCUGAUGUUCAAGAAGAUAGUAGUUCCUUUGUGCGCAUUAUUUGGGUGGAUACAUCUGGACAACAACGAUGCCGUGCUGUUCAAGCGAAUCGUUUUAACAGAAGUGUGAAGAAGAAUGGCAUUGGUCUGACUCAUGCAUCCAUGGGAAUGCCUUCAUUUACUGAUGGACCCGCGGAAGAGUCUAAACUGACUGGUGUGGGUGAGAUUAGAUUGGUUCCAGAUCUAUCAACCAAGCGGACAAUACCAUGGACAAAGCAAGAGAGCAUGGUUUUAGGUGACAUGCUCCUAAAGCCUGGUGAAGCAUGGGAGUAUUGUCCUAGAGAGACCUUAAGAAGAGCCGCAAAAGUUCUUAAAGAUGAAUUUGACUUGGUAAUGAACGCUGGUUUUGAGAAUGAAUUUUAUCUCCUCAAGAAUGUUGUGAGGGAAGGAAAAGAAGAGUAUGUUCCUUUUGACUUUGGUCCUUACUGUUCCACAUCCUCAUACGAUGCUGCGUCUCCUCUUUUCCAUGAAAUUGUACCAGCGCUUGAGUCCUUAAACAUCACAGUUGAACAGUUUCAUGCGGAAUCCGGUAAAGGUCAGUUUGAAGUAUCUCUAGGUCACACCGUUGCAUCCCAUGCAGCCGACAACUUGGUUUACACACGUGAAGUUAUAAGAUCGGUCGCAAGGAAACAUGGGUUUCUCGCGACUUUUGUUCCAAAGUAUGAUUUGUGUGACAUUGGUUCUGGAUCACAUGUGCAUUUAAGUCUAUCGAAAAACGGUGAAAAUGUAUUUCCUGCAUCUGAUAAAUCAUCUGCUCAUGGAUUGUCUUCCAUCGGAGAAGAGUUCAUGGCUGGAGUUUUGUUUCACCUUCCUUCAAUCUUGGCAGUUAUAGCUCCACUUCCAAACAGCUAUGACCGAAUCCAACCUAACACAUGGAGCGGAGCAUUCCAAUGUUGGGGCAAGGAGAACCGCGAGGCGGCUAUAAGAACAGCUUCUCCACCAGGUGCCCCUGAAGGUUUAAUUACCAACUUUGAGAUAAAAUCUUGUGAUGGCGCUGCUAAUCCCCAUCUUAGUUUGGCCAUUAUAAUGGCUGCUGGAAUUGAUGGUCUCCGGCGUCACCUUCAACUUCCUGAGCCAAUAGAUACCAAUCCGGCUGAUGUGGCUGCGACACUGAAGAGACUUCCUGAAUCGCUCUCAGAAGCUGUUGAAGCUCUGGAGAAAGACCAAGUCCUCCACGAGUUGCUCGGACAAAAGCUUUUAGUUGCCAUAACAGGAGUUCGUAAGUCUGAGGUCGAGUAUUAUUCGAAGAACCCUGAUGCAUGCAAGCAACUCAUUCACCGAUACUAAUCCUUGACUCUCUUGAGGUUUAAGAUGGUGAUUACUCGAUCAUGUGGCUUUUAUUCCUUGUUGAGUUUAUAUUUUCAGAUCAAUCAAGAAUAAUCAUUGGACAUUGGUGGACCAAUGGAACUGUUUUUCUAUGACAAUAAUGGACCCAUGGAACUGUAUUUCUAUCGUUGUUACCAGUUACCACUUUUUCACGGAUUGAAAAUCUAUGGAUGUUUCUUUAGUGUUAUAAGAAUUUAUGGGUCGGA